UUCUUCAUCUCUUCGCCCUUCCAGAAGCUCUCUCAGAGUCUCUCUUUCGCUUUGAUUUCUGAUAAAUUUUCAUAAUAUCAUGCCUCUGUUUAUCGUUCUUGUUCUUCUCCUUCUCGUGAUCAUCUUCUUGAAAUUCGUUUACUCGUUAAUAUGGGUUCCAUGGAAGACUCAGAGGCACUUCCAAAAGCAAGGCGUGCGAGGCCCUGGCUACCGACUGAUCUUCGGAAACUCGGCGGAGAUCCGCCGUCUGUACUCGGAAAUUAAGCCGAAGUCAUCUGAUCUGACCGACAACGAUGUCGUUCGAAGCGCGUCUCCUUUUUACUACCGGUGGUCCCGCAUGUACGGGAAGAACUUCCUAUAUUGGUUUGGGCCCAAGCCCAGGUUGGCGAUUGCGGACCCGGAAAUGAUCAAGGCCGUGCUUAUGAACACUUGUGGGUCGUUUGGGAAAGUCCCGCAUAACCCGCUGAGUAAGCAGCUUUUUGCCGACGGCCUUGUUGGGCUGGAGGGCGACCAAUGGGCUUUGCACAGGAGAAUUGCAAACCAGGCCUUUAGUAUGGAGCGAGUAAAGAGUUGGGUGCCAGAUAUGGUGACUAGUAUUAUGGAGAGGCUUGAGAAGUGGGAGGACAUUAGAGGAGGGAGAGAUGAAUUUGAGAUAGAUGUGCACAAAGAACUUCAUGAAGUCUCGGCUGACGUUAUUUCAAGGACAGCUUUUGGAAGCAGUUUUGAGGAAGGGAAGCGCAUUUUCGACUUACAAGAAGAGCAAAUGCAUCUUUUCUCCAAGGGAAUAAGAAGUGUUUAUAUUCCUGGAUUCAGGUUUUUGCCUACCAAGGAUAAUAGAGAGAGGUGGAGACUAGAGAAGGAAACUCGCGAAUUGGUGCGGAGGCUUAUCAUGACAAAUAACAAAACAAGAGAGAAUUCAAGAAAUCUACUUACUUUGUUGAUGUCUCCUCACAAAAAUCAGGAUGGACAUGAAGAGAAACUAGGAGUAGAGGAAAUCAUAGAUGAAUGCAAGACUUUCUACUUCGCAGGAAAGGAAACAACUGCCAAUCUCUUGACUUGGGCCCUUCUCCUUUUAGCUCAACAUCAGGAAUGGCAAACCAAGGCUCGCGAAGAAGUAGUUCGCUUCUGCGGAUAUGACCGGCUUCCACAAGCAGAGAACUUAAGUGACCUCAAAAUUGUGACAAUGAUAAUCAAUGAAACGUUUCGACUUUACCCUCCAGCAGUGAUGAUAAUGAGACAAACAUCAAAGAGAGUCAAGGUAGGGAAUCUAGACAUUCCUGCUAAGACUCAGCUCUAUUCAGCUCUGCUUGCUGUGCAUCAUGACCCUGAGAUAUGGGGAGAAGACUCUAAUAAGUUCAAUCCACUGAGAUUCACUGAGCCUAGAAAGCACAUAGCUUCUUUCUUUCCAUUCGGGUUGGGUCCUAGAGUCUGCGCAGGCCAAAAUCUAGCCAUGGUUGAGGCCAAAAUAAUAUUGGUCAUCAUCAUCCAGCGGUAUUCUCUCACAUUAUCACCCACAUAUGUUCAUGCCCCUAUGUUGUUCAUAACAGUGCAGCCCAAAUAUGGUGCUCAAAUCUUGUUGAGGAGGAUUUCAACUUGAAAAAUUAGCAGCCAAAGAAAAAGGGAAUUAUAAGUGAGAAGAAGAAGAUAUCCAAGGUUCUGUUUAACGUCCUUUUUAACUUGUAAUGUACUUCUGAUUAUAUGUAAAAGAAAUAGCAGCUGACCGUUUUUUUUUUUUUUUUUUUGUGUGCGCCUGUAAUGACGUUCGAUAUGUGAAACUUUAAGGAUUAAUAUAUCAAACUCUAGCUCCUAAAUUCCAUAACACUUGAAAAGAAGAAAGGAGAGAAUUACACAAAUU